AACCUCGCCUGUUCCUGUUUUGGAGUUUCAGCGGAGCUCUUUGUGUGUGUGCGUAUUUUGCCGUGUAUGUGUGUCUCGCUCGCUGUGUGUGCGUGCGCACGCAGCCAGUGCCGUGCGCUGGAGGCUUAUGGUAAUUGCGGUCUCCCGACUGGCCUUCUGGGUAGAGUCUGCGCGAGUGGGAGUGGAGCGAGUCGCUCGGUCUCGGCAGCGUUCAUCCAUUCUGUGCGGCACUCCCCGUACGGCUUCGCGCGUCCUUGGUCUCGAACCCUGCUGGUGUUUCUCUCCACGCUUCUCGAGCGAAACGCGGGACCACGCGGAAUAACCUUCAGAAAACCUUGUGAAACUCCGGAGAUUCCGAUUAUCGGAGAGGACAUGGAGUGACGGAGAGCGGGAGAAAGGGGGCUUUUUCCGAGGACGGUGUGCUCCGCUGAAACCCAACAUGGCGCUGCUGCGAGGCACGGCCGAGCUGAUUUAAUUUCUCCGCGAGUCCGCCGACCUCGCCACCUGUAUCCCGUGGGGAGCCCGGGCCGCACGGCGCGCUGGCUCUGCCGGACCUUAACGGAUCAUUAGAGGAUUUCGCUGCACUCUGACGUUUGUUUUCCUCUCCGCGCAGGAUCUCCUUUUUUGUCGCUUUAUGGCACCGCAAGUGACAUUUGCUGCAGAAGAAAAGUCCGCUUGAAAUAUCGGGUGACGGAUGAGUUGCCUGUAGACAAUAGAAUAAGGACCGAGAGCUUUUAUUUGUAAUACUUGUUUUGUUUCGUGACAAGUGGAUAACCUGUUAGACACUUUUUUUUUUUGGCCGGGAUCGCGUGUCUCCGGCAGACGGGACCGUGACCGGGCUGCUUUCUCCGUACACGCACGGAUCGCUGUCCUCCCAGUUCACUUAAGGGGGGGGAAGGCGCGGGUUGGUGCGCAGGGACCACGGCUGGAAUUAACAACCAAUUAACCAGGGCAACAUCUGUUCGUGAUGUCGAUGCAGAGACACAAACCAACUUGGAACUAAGACAAGGGAACCACGUCACACACAACAUGGUGGAUGCAAGGUUGACGCCUCUGUCAGCGAUGGGGUUGGACCGAGGGAGUCUGAUCCACGACGGUCUCCGUCUCCAUGGUGGGGUUAUAUACCCAGGCAUCAGAGCACUGCCAGCGGAGAAGAGUCGAGAGACGCCCGCCCACACCCUCACUUAUAACAGGGAUGGUCUCCCAGAGCUCAUCUAUAAACCUGACGGCCCCUUGGACAGUCGUAAACCCACUAAUGGAUACCUGGGCCUGUACAAGGGCACUCCUCCAGGUCUCCACAAACCUUUGCUGCUUCAUGGAUCUGAAGGUCUUGGCUUAGAACGCAGAUUAGGGCCGGGAGAAAAGGCCUCUGAACUGGGGUUAGCAGGCGCUGGUGGCAGCUACCUGCGCCUGCCUUGGCUCAGCCCCUAUCCUGAAGCCAGCAUGUAUCCCUUCAUGGACACAUCCAAGUACGCUCUAAACAUGUACAAAGCCUCCUUGCUUGGCCAACCUAACCCCUAUCUUGCCCAGCACCUGGCAUACCCAUCUCUGUGUGCAUCCCAGGGAGGCAACGUUAACCCUGCUGCUGCUGUUUCCGCUGCUGAGAGGCUCUACUAUAUGCCCCCCUAUCCUCCUUCCCCCAUCUCUUCUCCCUUGGUGGCGCCCCCUAUGAGGAUUCCUGCUGUGACAGUGGCUCCCACAUCCAUGGUUCACUGUCAGGACAAAGGGCUUGGUGUUGCGUCUCAGUUUGCACAGCAGCUUCACCAGCCUUCCCCUCAUCCACAGCAUCAUCAGGCUGCCAUGGACAGAGACCGGUCACCUAGCAGAAGCAGCAGACCAAGCAGACCUCCCUCAAGGAAGGGCUCUAGCAACAACAGUAACACUACUGGCACCAAUAGUGGGAAUAAUAAUAAUAGUCAGCCGUCCGAUUCUUCUCCUCAUGCAUCUUCUCGCCUUCCUCAGCCUCCCCCUCCUGCCCUUAUUGACAACUCACUGGAUGUACAGCGCCCAGUUGCUAGAAUAGGACACCCACCCACCUCCUCCACCUCUUCAAUAUCUGUCUCGUCCUCAUCCACACAGUCCAUUCCUCAUCCAUUUUCUGUAAGCAGCAUGGCAUCAGAGCAGCCCUCUCCCGCCCGGUCCAGCUCCCAUAAGUCUAGGCCAAGAGAUGGAGCACCUGAGCACAGAAAUGCAGGGGCUGAGAGGAGACCCAGCAGGUCACCCUCCAAAUCCAAUUUUGAGAGGCCAGCUCACCAACCUCAAGCAACCAAAGACUCUGCAGAGAAGCCCUUGGAUUUGUCUGGAAGAAUGCUGGAGUUUGGGUUGUCUCCCAAUGGAUAUCCAGUCAAGAUGGACACUUUAGGAUCCGGCCCACGUUAUGGAAUCCCCCCUAGCCGAGAGCUCCUAAAGGACAAAAAACUAUCCCUCUCUCCUUCCUCCCACCCACACUCUGUGGUCAGCAGCACUUCUACUAAGGUCCCAGAAAGGCCAGAAAUGAUAAGCACUUUACACUCUUCUUGGGUUGUACCUAGCCCCUCUCCAUCCCGUACACAGCACACACCAGGCUUGCCCCCCUCCCCAAGGCCUAACACAGACCUGGGCCUUUCUCAAGCCAAAGGCUCCUCCCCCUCUGUCAUUAAACACAAAGGUCUUGAGAGAGUACUCCCUCAGCAACGUAGCUCAUCCUGUCCAAGGACAGGGGAGUCUAACCUAAAUGUGUCCUCCACUCAACACUCCUCUCUAGUUAGUUGCAGGGCUCUUUCUCCCAAGCCCAACAGCGAGUGGGUCAAACACAGCCCUGGCCAGUCAGAACACCAAGGCCACCACAGAGAGGGAACAGAAAAGUCCUCCCAGUCCACUAAGAGAGGUGAAACAACUCCAGAACUGUCAUCGUACAAGAGGCCAUGUUUAGAGAAUGGUCACACCCCUGGCCACCUUUACCUUCCUCAAAGUGAUGCUUACCUGAACCACAGUUUGGCCUAUGCCAAUAGAUACUUGCACUACCCCAUCCCUGAUGGCAUGGCACUACACUCCUUGCCAAUUGCAGGGAAAGGCCCAGUCUAUCCUCACCCAGUAUUGCUGGGCAGCAACAGCCUUUACCCAACCCACUUGGCGGCAAAACACCCUUUACCCUACCACAACCUCCCAACUGGUGCAGGAGGGGAAUACCUCACUUAUAACUCACAGGAGAUGGCCCAUCCCCUGAUGCAAACACACUCAGACAAGCUGGCAGAAAGGGGAGAUGCAACCUUGAAGCCCCGGGGACAGGAGAAAUCCCGGGGGAUUGUUGAAGAAGGCGUGGGACACAAAGAUCACAGCAUUGGAAAAGAGAAUGGCAAAGGAAGCCAAAUUAAGUCUGAUAGGGAAGCAGGAGCACAAGGACAUGGUGGCAAUCAAAGCAAACACCCCUCUUCUUCUGGAACAUCCAGAGAAAAGAUUGUCUGCAUUGACCUUGUACACUCAGACACAGAUAUUGAGUCUUCCCCAACAGUCAACAAACAGCCUUUUGCUGAAAACAUCAGCAAGGUUAACCAAAAUGAAUGUUGUCAUAGUAACCAAAAUUUGACAAAGUCUGAGUACGAGCCAAAACACCAACACCGCCUUUCCCAUCCUUAUCCGAUCCACUCUGGACACAGCCCAACCCUGAAGUCCAAUCACACCGAAAGACAGCCAGAUACUCCCUUUGGGAAACCAAAGACUUUGCAGGACAUGGGUGGUCCCGGGGUGAAGCCCAGCACAUUUCAGACCUCUCCAGGGACUUUCGCCCAAGCCGAGAAUAGCCCAGAGGUGCGGAGUCCCAGCCCAGACCCAGACGACCAAGACCAGAGCACUUUGCGCUGUGCCCGCACAUCUGGGGAGCGCAGCUCUGGUAAGGACAAACGGGAAAGAGACAGCCGAGCUCCUCGCUUGUCUCAGCAUUGCACAGAUGUGGUGAAUGAGGAGGGAACGUGUGAGGGGGAGGCCGAAAAGGAAGACAGUAUUGUUGACCUAGGGGAGUCUCAAGGAGAAGGGGACGAUGACGACGACGAUGAUGAUGACGACUACUACGAAGAAGAUGGCCUGGCGUCCCCUAAAGGCUCUCGUAGAUCCAGCCUGGCCAAGAGGAUUGCUAACUCCUCAGGCUACGUUGGAGACCGCUUUAAAUGUGUUACUACUGAGCUGUAUGCUGACUCCAGCAAGCUGAGCCGUGAACAGAGAGCCCUGCAAAUGGAAGUCAUAUCACGAGAGGGGAGUAAUAUAAGUCAACCUGCAGCUAACUGGGAGCGGGCAAUGAUGCGGUUCUCGGAGCUGGAGCUGAAGGAGAAGGAGGGCGGCGGUGUGUGCGUGUCUGCCUCGGCAGCAGGACGGGAGCUGGCAGACGGCCAGCGGAGAGAGCGAGGGCUGGAACACUGCCAACACACCACCAGGCCGGGAGAGAGGGAGGGUGUCCGGCCAGUGUACGGCAACAGAGUGCCGGUCCUCCAGAGAUGCGGGGGCCCGAGCGAGCCCAUGUCCCCGGGGCACGGGGCUGGCCAAGCAGGGCUGACUGACGGAGCCAGGCAGGUGAAGAGGGAGCCAGACGGAGGCAACUGUUUCCCCCCCACUUUGACACCGGCGAGGGGAUACGCCGAGGGGAGGGACAGCCCCGUGUUUGGAGCCAACAGGAAGCGGCAGCUCGGCUUCAAGGCCGAACAGGAGGACGCCGAGUGGGAGGAAGGAGACAGGGUGUCCCACCCGGAGAAAAGGGCCAAGCUUUCUACGGAUGAGCGCGAGCAGGGCAGCCCUGAAGGAGACGACGACGACGACGACGACGACGAGGUCCGGAAGCUCAAAGUCUGCAUCGAGCUGAAGGGACUGCGGCUCAGCAAGCCCGCCGCCGGCGCCGCCUCUCCCGAAGGGCCCCUGAUCAAACAGGAGAGGGCGUGGGCCCUGCCACGGCUGGCGGCCCCGUUCCAGAGCCAGCGGGAUCGCAAGAUCCGGCCCGGCGAGCCGGACGACAGGGCCGCGGCGAACAGAGCUGAGAUCAACAGGAAAUGGGGCUGCGAGAAGCUGCUUAAUGGAGUAGCUGCUUCUCCCCUCCCCCCGAGCCAACUGAAGGACAGAGCGCACCCGCCGGGCCCCUUCUUGGGUGACCGCGGCCUCAAAGAGCCCAGGAGGGCCCCCCCCUCUCCGGAGCCGUGCGCAGGAGGCCCCCCUUGUGUCAAGCCCCGUCGCCAUAGUGACACGGACAAACCCAAGGGCAAGCGGCCGUGCAAGACCAAGCACACCAGUCAGAGGGAGCGAGAGCGCGAGAGGAGGAAGGAGGCCACGCCCAGCAGCCCGGGCCAGCGCUGCGCGGCUGAUCCGGGAGCAGCCGAGGAUGACAAGCUGAGCAAGCAGCGCGUUGCCUCGAGGAAGGGGGCCGCCUCCCCUGAUCAUUACCCCUGCUCCCCGGCCAAGCCCUGCUCGCCCGCCGCGCUCUGCCCUCCGACCCUGCUGCCCCAGGCCAACGGCAAGCUGUGCGGCGUCCCGCUGGAAGAGCCGGUUGGGGCGGGCCUGCACAGGGCCCCCCCUGCAGAGUCCCCCUCGGUGCGCCCCAUCCCUCCGGAGGCCCGGCGGCUGAUCGUGAACAAGAACGCCGGCGAGACUCUGCUCCAGAGGGCCGCGCGGCUCGGCUACGAGGAGGUGGUGCUGUACUGUCUGGAGAACCGAGUAUGCGAGGUGAAUCACCGGGACUACGCCGGGUACUGCGCGCUCCACGAGGCGUGCGCCCGCGGCUGGCUCAGCAUCGUCCAGCACCUGCUGGACUACGGGGCCGACAUCAACUGCAGUGCGCAGGACGGCACCAGGCCGAUUCACGACGCCGUGGAGAACGACCACCUGGACGUUGUGCGCGUCCUGCUGUCCUACGGCGCCGACCCCACCCUGGCCACAUACUCUGGGCGGGGCCUGCUGAAGAUGACCCACAGCGACGGCAUGGAGCGCUUCCUCUCCGAUUAUUUUUCCGACCUUCAGGGGCGCGCCGAUGACGAUCCGGGCCUUUAUUGGGAGUUCUAUGGCAGCGCCGUGUGUGAGUUGAACGAGGAGGGCGGUGUCUAUGACAUCCUGGCCGAUCCCCCGGGCCCGGAGGACGAGGACGAGGACGACAAAAGGGAGGUGUUUGAGUUUGAGUUCUCUGACCGACCUCUGCUGCCGUGCUACAACAUCCAGGUGUCCCUCUCUCAGGGGCCAAGGAACUGGCUGCUUCUGUCCGACGUCCUGCGGCGAAUGCGGAUGUCGGGUCGCGGCUUCCGAACGGCCUUCCCCCACAUGGAGGUGGUGACGGUGGCCGAGGCAGAGUUCUACCGACAGGCCUCCCUGUCGCAGCUCUUCUCCUGCCCGGAGGAGCUGGAGGGCUUCCACGCGGACAGCAAGGACCUGCUGGACCUGGUGGAGGACAGCGGCGAGCUGGCCGCCCUGCUGGGCUCCACGCUGGAGUGUCUGGACGACCGCUGGGACCGCCAUGGGGACAGGCUGAAGGACAAAAUCAAGGCCAUCCACAAGGUGGGCUCGUCCUGACCCCCGGCGCCGGCGAACGGGACCCUUGAUCCGCACCGGCUGCAGUCUGCUGUAGAACCAACCGGGGGCUCGGAUGACGCGCCCUAGUUGAGGCUGCGGCCCGCUCUGGACCAGCGCUGUACAGAUGGACCGACCUGCUGGCCCAUCGGGCUGCGGAAACGCGGCUCUCUGUUAACGGAGGAUCGACACAUUAGUGACUCAACAGACCUGAUAAUGGUCGUAUUUUUCUAAAUUAAUAUAUGUAUAAAUAAUAAAUAAAUAAAUAUAAAUAUAUAUAGAUAUAAAAUAUCAAGCUGUUCUUUCGGAUGUUGCUCACGACUUCUCUGAAAGAUUUUGUACAGCAACAGAGUGCAGCCGUGUUGUCGGCGAGUGUGAGCGUGCAGCACAUCGUGCAUGCGUGCAUCUGUACAGGAUAGUACUGGGACUGUGCUAUUGAAUGUGGUAUUUGUGUUUAUAGAAAGCACAUGAUGUCCUGUUUUUUCUUUUCCCCCCUUAGACUUCAGCGCUGGCUUGAGCCUCAGGGGCUGUUCUGUUGUAUCUUCUUUAGGUUCCAGUUUUGCUUCCUGUUAAGUCUGUAAUUUAACAUGCAAAACUACUCUACUGUUUGUAUAAUAAAGUUUUAAGAUAAUGUUGAUAUUUACCCUUUGGCACAGAGCUUGUAUAUAACAGGGAGGCUACUGCAGUAAAGUAUUCUUUUUUUUUGUGUUCAUUUUUUGUUUCAACUUUGUAAUUAAAUAUCUCAUAAUUUGUAUUUAUAUUUUACAAAAGAAGUUGCUUUAAAAUAAAUAUACAAACUGCAAGAUGA